AUGCCGGUGUUCAUGCACGCCGACGUGGUAGACUGGGAGCUGAUGGCGCUGGGCCUGGUAGGCGCCAUCGGCGACGGCAUGUCGACGCCCCUGCGGCUCCUCAUCGCCUGCCACAUCGCCAACAACCUCGGCAGCGGCCCCGACCUCCUCCGCAACUUCACCGCCAAGAUCGCGGCCUUCUCCAGCCUCCGCACCAUCGCGGCCUUCUCGUCCCAGGACCGCAUCCUCCGCCUCUUCGAGCAGGCAGAGGACGGGCCGCGCAGGGAGAGCGUCCGGCAAUCCUGGUUCGCGGGUCUCGGCAUCGGCACUUCCGUGAGCCUGAUGAUCUUCUCCUGGGUCAUCAACUUCUGGUACGGCGCCAGGCUCAUGGCCGAGCAGCGCAUCACCGCCGAAGCGGUGUUCCAGACCACCAUGAUCCUCGUCACCACAGGCCGUGUCAUCGCCGACGCGUGCAGAAUGACGGCCGACCUCGCCAAGGGAGGCGACGCGGUGGCUUCCCUGUUCGCUGUUCUGUACCGCGAAACAAAUAAGAUUCAACCUGAAAAUCGAUGGCAGAGACAUCAGGACAUACAACCUCCGAGCCCUGCGACGCCACAUCGGGCUCAGAGAGAGAACAUCAAGUAUGGCGCGGAGACGGCGAGCGAGGCGGAGGUGGAGGACGCGGCGAGGUCCGCCAAUGCGCACGGCUUCAUCACCAACCUCAAGGAUGGGUACGACACGUGGUGCGGUGACCGGGGAGUUCAUCUGUCGGGUGGGCAGAAGCAGCGCAUUGCCAUCGCCCGCGCCAUCUUGAAGAACCCGGCCAUCCUGCUGCUGGACGAAGCUACGAGCGCGCUGGACAGCGCGUCGGAGAAGGCAGUGCAGGAGGCGCUUGACAGGGUGAUGGCUGGCCGGACAAGUGUGGUGGUGGCGCACAGGCUCAGCGCCAUCCAUAACUGUGCUGUGAUCGCUGUGCUUGAGGGAGGAGUCGUCGUGGAGAAGGAAGAGGAGAAGACAUUGAUCAAAAUGAUACCUCUAAAACCGGAAAAUGACUUUGGUGUGUUCAGGCACCUCCCAAAACAUAAAGGCACUCAACUCAAGGUAUCGAAACACCUGCAUCUCAGACUACCCACAACGUGCCUUUUUACCGAGGCUGACAAAGAGAAAAGGUGUGAAUCAGAUUACCCUGUCCAAAAAUGGAUUCCACCACCGAAUUGGUGGUUGAUCACAAGGGUGCUUUCAGUGAGGAUCGUCCUGAUUCCCGAACAAGGUGAAGCAAUUGUAGACAGAGUAGCUGUUUCCUUUGCUGCGGAGCAUAAUCUCAGAUAG